UCCAGGUCUGGGAAGAUGAAGAACUUUUAUUCUGAAGAUCUGCUCUGACCACCUGAAAGACUUGGUGAUAGUUUCCUUCACAGAGAAAAUGGACCAGAAACAUUUCUACAACCCUAAAAACAAAUGGAAGCGGAUUUACUGUCACUGAAGUUUAAUGUUAUGAAAACGUCUGGACUUUUACUUUGAAAGGCUUCUUCCUUUUUACCAUUACAGUGACCAAACUUUAGUGGAUGUUUGAGCAUCAUUGUUUUCUUUAGAAAAACCAAGUUCAUUUUUGUGUCACUGUGGAAACGCCGCGGCUCUUUGCUCUGCUUCAGAUAACGUUUAGCAGGAUUUGGAGCGUGAGCUCAGCUCUUCUGAUGCUUCUGGAGCUAAACGAUUAAAUUAAGAGGCGUUUCUCAGGUCGAGCAUCUGUCAUCGCCUGGAGUUUUCCUUUCAGUCUGCAGGAACGCGCCGCCUUUCCCCCGUGUUUGUCUUCAGAGAGCUUAUUAGCUAAUGGGUGAUUAGAUUGCUGUAAAGCCUGGUAUCUUCCUGGAGCACAUGGCUGCGGUGCCCACUGCCCACAUCCUCCAGCAAUGACAAGAGGACGGAGUUUCAGAUCCACAGCAAAGCAGCUCAUUCUGGUCGCAUGAACCUCUGUGCGGAAAACACUCCACUGAUUUAAUCAGCCUGAUUCAUUCCAGCUUGAAGCUUGCUGGGACUCUUUGCUGCUGCUGUUUUUUGCGUGGUGCAACAGCGCCACCUGCAGGAAGGAGGCAGUAUGAGGAUGAGUCACUAACACCAGGCCCCCCCAUCAGUGUGCAGCAUGUGAAGGAAGGGGCUUUGACCAACAGCACUUUACCCGGCGUACAGUAGGCAGGACUGCAUUCGUGCGUCUGCGGCGCUGUGACAUCAUCACAGGAACUGAGAUCUGUUGGAAGGGCCAAUCAUGCGUCUGCAGCUUCAGGAACGUUGACGCGGACCAUGUCAGUCAGCGGUUCCCCAAAGGAAAAAAGUCAGAAUAACUCAGACGAAUGAGAGGGGGGGUCAGGGUAUAUAAUAGAGUGUUCGUACAGCUCUGACUCACUUUCUCACAUGAGUUUCCUGAUGAAACCCGGAGAGCAGCUGUAAGGCUCUGGAUCUUCCUUCCCUUCACAAAGUUCUGCUCGACCUUGAGGAAAAUGGUGGUCUGUGUUCAUAUGACAUAAACCGAGUGUUUCGUGUGUGGCAGACCCACAUCAAUAAUGUAAAACAUCUUUCCAAUCCUCUGCUGCUCAUUGGAUAACAGUCAUUAAAAUUCAGCGACCUGAGGGGGUGUCGGGUUCCUGCGGCGGAGGCGGAUGCAUGUUCCAGUCCUUCUACCUGCAGGCCGAGCUGCAGGAUGGCUGCGGCUGAGCUGUGACCGAAGCUGAAGGUGCUUCUGCAGAAUGGCUCUCAGGACGGCCAUCCUCACUCAUCUGCUGCUGCUGCUUUUUUCCACGGGGGAUUCGAAAAAAGGGGUGAAAUGUGGAGGCAUCCUCUCUGCUCCAUCUGGGAACAUCUCCAGCCCAAACUUCCCCGGCUUGUAUCCCUACAACCUGCACUGCUCCUGGCUGAUCGUGGUCCCAGAGGGCUCCUCUGUUCUGCUCAGCUUCCACCACUUUGAGCUGGAGCACCACGCCAGCUGUGCCUACGACUACGUCAAAAUAUACAACGGCGUAUCUGAGGAUGAGGGGAACCUCCUCGGGAACUUCUGCGGGGAUACCCCCCCUCCCAGGUUCACCUCCUCUUGGAACGUCAUGUCCCUGAUCUUCCACUCUGACCGUCACGUGGCCUUCAGGGGCUUCAGUGCUGGCUACACUAAAGACCUUUGUGGGGGGGUUUUGACCGGACUGUCUGGGGUCAUCUCCAGCCCAGGUUACCCUCAGGAGUACAGCAACAACGCUGACUGCUCCUGGACCAUCCGGGUGUCCAACGGCAGCGUGGUCACCUUUGUCUUUUUGGACUUCCAGCUGGAGAAUAACGAGGGCUGUAAUUUUGACUUUGUGUCCCUGUUCGAUGGAGACACCCUCUCACACCGCCACCUGGGCAAGUUCUGCGGGGCGGAAAAGCCGCCCAACAUCAUCACCACGUCCAACCAUCUUCUGGUGGUCUUUAAGUCGGACUUCAACAUUGGAGGACGGGGGUUCAAGGCCUACUACUACUCAGGUGAAUGUCAGCAGGUUCUGUCAGCUGUCAGCGGUGACUUCAGCAGCCCGCAUUUCCCCGGCAUCUACCCCAACAACAUCAACUGCCACUGGAGCAUCUCGCUGGCUGGCGGUUACCGCAUCAACCUCUACUUCCCGGUCAUGGACCUGGAGGACCGGAACCGUCUGUCAGACCAGUGCGACUACGACUCUGUGGCGGUUCACGACGGCGACAGCCAGAGCGCCGCCCUGCUGGGACGCUGGUGUGGCCGGGAGCAGCCCCCCUUCAUCCUCUCAAAGGGGAACAAGCUUCUGGUGGUGCUCAGCACCGACAGGAACGAGGCCCACAGGGGCUUCAGCGCCUCCUACCUUGGAGUGGUGCCCGUGAACGUGAGCUGCACGCGCUCAGAGUUCACCAUCCUUAUCCCACAGCAGUCCUUACCUCAGCUGGAGCGGGAGAGCAUCUACCUGGGCAACCCCAGCUGUGCGGCUCAGCUGACCUCCACCUCCUAUAAAAUCCUCGCCCAGUUUGUCAACUGUGGAACGGCCAGCCAGAAACACCGGAACGUCACCAUGCUGGUCAACAAGCUCUACAUCGAUUUCUCUGCGGGAACGCAGCAGAACGUGCAGGAAUACAGAGUGCAGUGCGACGCACAGCGGAAGGUGGCGUCCGUGUCCAUCGUCUCAGCGGAGGAGCGGCGCCUGGAGGAGCAGGCCCUGCAGACCCACAGCCACAGCCCCGGGGACGAAGCCCGUCCUGAGGCCGAGCCGCACGACCUGAGCGACAUCGUCUUCAUCAGCAUCUGCGUUCUGGCCGUCAUCCUCAUGGUCAUAGCCAUCGUCUGGCUAGUGCUGCUGUAGUUCUGGUGGUUUCUGACCCGUUUGCCUUCAAACACUAACGGCCCAGAAGGUUCUAGAUGAAAUGGUUGACAGAAAUAAAACAACACGAAGCCUGUAUCCAGUAAUCCAAGACCAUUUCAGCCUCCUUCAGAUUGGUUCUAAACAAAACUGCUGGAUCCAACAGAACCUUCAAGGGAGGCGGGUUCUAGGGGAGAAAAGUGAAGAUCAGCAGCUGUUUCACACAACUGUGACAAAGACUUUGAGAAAAACACAUUCAUGGUGUAGUGGUUAGCCCCCUCACCUGAUACUGAGGGGGUCCUGGUUCGAAUCCCAGCUGGGGGUUUUCUCCUCCCACAGUCCAGAAACAUGAUUCAGAGGUUCAUGACAGGCCCUUUAGUGAUGGUGUGGGUGUGUGUGUGUGUGUGUGUGUGUGGGGGUGUGUGUGUGUGUGUGUGUGUGUGACUCUAGGAUGGACUGGAGAACUGUCCAGCAUGAACCCAAUCUCCAUCCUUGAGUAGUUGAGGAGGAUCCAGUUUGGGAAUAAACUGGAUUAGGAUUAUGGAUGAACAGAUUCAAAGGAAUUGAAUUUUUCUGGGAAUUUCUUUACUCAACUUUUGACACAAACACAAAUGUAACAGUAAAAAUACAGAAACAUUUCCAGAAGAUGUUCAUGUCAGCAGCAAAUUCAUGACAAAUAUUCUAUGAAUUGAAAAACAUUUUCUAAAGGUUUGAAAAAAUAAAAACUUGAGCAAAGCAGUCAGCAGAGUUCUGCUGGACCAACGAACUAUGUUAACACGAGAAAACCGACCAACAGCAGCUUCCACACCGUUCCUCUUCUCAUCCAUACGUUCUGAAUGGAGACCCGUGUCCUGAACGUUUAAGGUGUGUCGAAUAAAAAACUAGAAUCUCA